ACUUCUCGCGCCAGCACAGAACAAGCAAGCUGUUGAGUGUAUUGGGUCUUGGCUCUGUGGUAUUAACAAAGGCCACAAAUCCAUUUACAAUGGUGUUUUAAGACAUUUCAUCAUACUUUUACACGAGAAAUAACACCCUGAGGACUAUUUCGUGGGAGCAUCUUUUUGAGGCUCUCCUUAUUCCAGAGUAACACACGUGGGAAUAUAAUGCCAAGAAAAGGGCAAACGGUGGAGUCAGACCUCGCAGUUGAUGUCCCCAACGUAAAAGCAACGCGACCACGAAAAAGAAAGGCAGAUGUUGCUAUUCACUUACCAGACCCAGAUGAAGAAGUGGUGGAAAUGACCAAAAAGAAACAAUGCGGACCUCAGGCGUGCUGGAAUCCUGACAUAGCUGACACAAAUCCAUUCAAGCGGAUCCCCACACCUGACGAAGUCGAGGAACCUGCUAUCGAUGUGGGAUUUGCCGGCUGCCAUUUCAGAAAAAUUCAUGUCACUCCCACAAGGUCUUCCCCUCUCCCUAACCUUUGCUGGGCAAGCAAAGAUGAUGUCUGGAACAAUCUUUUGAAGAAGGAUGAAGCCUACACCCAUGACACUGGUGUCAUGGAUAGACACCCUAGACUUCAGCCCAAGAUGAGGGCAAUUCUACUGGAUUGGCUGAUGGAGGUGUGUGAAGUAUAUAAACUUCACAGGGAAACGUUUUAUUUGGCCCAGCACUACUUUGACCGCUUCAUGGCCACACAGACAGACGUGUUGAAAAGCACUCUGCAGCUCAUCGGCAUCUCCUCGCUCUUCAUCGCUGCCAAGAUGGAGGAAAUCUACCCUCCCAAGUUACACCAGUUUGCCUACGUUACUGAUGGAGCCUGUAUGGAGGAAGAGAUCUUGACCAUGGAAAUCAUAAUCAUGAAGGAGCUUAACUGGAGUCUGAGUCCUCUGACGCCAGUGUCCUGGUUGAACAUCUAUAUGCAGGUGGCCUACCUGAAAACAGAGGAAGUCCUCAUUCCUCAGUACCCAGAGGCUACAUUUGUCCAGAUUACAGAGUUAUUGGACCUGUGCACAUUGGAUGUUAAAAGUCUGGAGUUCACCAGUGGUCUGCUUGCAGCAUCAGCUCUAUUUCAUUUCUCUUCGCUGGAGCUCGUGGAGAGAGUUUCAGGGCUUGAGUGGAGUGACUUGGAGAAGUGUGUGAGAUGGAUGGUGCCGUUUGCCAUGUCCAUCAGAGAAAUGGGUAGCUCUGGUCUCAAGACCUUCAAAGGGGUUUCCCCUGAAGACAUGCACAACAUUCAGACUCAUGCGGCCUACUUGGAGUGGCUGGGCAAGGUGUACACGUAUCAAGUGGUGGAUGUGGAGCGCAGCCAGAGCUCACCUGUUCCCUCUGGGGUGCUUACCCCGCCACCCAGCAGUGAGAAGCCUGAUGGCGCGGUGCCCUGAACCCCCAGACUGAUGAUGGACUGAACCGUUGACCGGCGAGGGAGAAAUGCCUGCAUGAGGCGCUAACGUUCCAACACACUCAAACACAACUCACAGAUUACCUGAAAUGUGCACAAGACUUUUAAAUAUCCCAUAUCUAUUUUUAAGCAGACUUGAAUUGACUCCUGUUGAGAGUUGUUGUGUUUUUUUGUAUUACUUUGACAAUUGAUUUCUGUUUUUUAAUGGAAAUUUUAAAAUUGCAUAUAUGGUGAAAAGGACGUGUACUCAAGCAACGCGAAGCUGUAUCUCCUACCGGGGGGAAAAAAAAUCCAAACUCAGAGCUGUUACGGGUUCUGACUGCUGCUAAAGAGGGUAGGAUACAGAUGGACAGAUGGAAAGAUGAAGGCAGAGGACCCUGCCCAGAUUUGGCUGGGUGUGUUUGGGCCAGUCGUGUGGCCCAUGCUGCCGCACUGCCAUCUUGGACUUCGAAGAUGUUACUGGCAGGUUGCUGGUGAGACUAAGUGGACCAGCUGCCAAACCAGACCAGAGGAAAAGCCAGCUUCAGAAGCUCAGACUGUGGACUCUUAUUUAAGAUUGACUCGAAGGGGGGCGGUUCCCCUGCGAGUCUGAAUUUACCAAAAUGAACAAUUUUAUUUAGGUUCUUUUUAAAAUGAGAUGCUGCUACUUUUGUGUAAUGUUUUUAAAUAAAGGCUCUGUCUCAGACAGCAUUUAUGUUUUUA